GAGUGGCCUCUGACUGGAGCCUGCCGUGGGCUGUGAGAGAUACGCCACCAGUUGCAGGGCCACGGCUGUGCUGGUGAUACACUGGGCUGGAACAGGAGGCACGCUCCGAGAAAGGCCCUGAGGGACUGCCAACCUUGAACUCGCGCUGCCGGGAUGGGCAAGCAGAACAGCAAGCUGCGGCCGGAGGUCAUGCAGGACCUGCUGGAGAGCACCGACUUCACGGAGCACGAGAUCCAGGAGUGGUACAAAGGCUUCUUGAGAGACUGCCCCAGCGGACAUUUGUCCAUGGAAGAGUUUAAGAAAAUCUACGGGAACUUUUUCCCUUACGGGGACGCUUCGAAAUUUGCGGAGCACGUGUUCCGUACCUUCGACGCCAACGGAGACGGGACGAUAGACUUUAGAGAGUUCAUCAUAGCCCUGAGCGUGACAUCGAGGGGCAAGCUGGAGCAGAAGCUGAAGUGGGCCUUCAGCAUGUACGACUUGGACGGGAACGGCUACAUCAGCAAGGCGGAGAUGCUAGAGAUUGUGCAGGCCAUCUAUAAGAUGGUUUCGUCCGUCAUGAAGAUGCCUGAGGAUGAGUCAACCCCGGAGAAAAGGACGGAGAAGAUCUUCCGCCAGAUGGACACCAACAGAGACGGAAAACUCUCCCUGGAGGAAUUCAUCCGUGGAGCCAAAAGCGACCCGUCCAUUGUGCGCCUGCUGCAGUGCGACCCAAGCAGCGCUGGCCAGUUCUGAGCGCCCACCGUGAACCGGAGAGCCGCUCGCGUGCCCUUUCAGUUCUUUUUAACUUUUUUUUGUUUUUUGUUUUUUGUUUUUUUUUGCCAAACGAUGUUGAUGGUGAUGCUGUCCCCUGUGCGGUCAGAUGCACCUUCCUCCGUGACGCCUUCAGCUUCUUUUGUCGUGGACGCUUCGUGGGAAUGCCCAGAGUCCCCCCGUGCGCUUGUUGGCAAGCAUGGACAGACUUCGUGGUGUUUGUUGUUUGACAAUUUUUAAUCAUUAUCGGGUUUUUCUCUUUUGAUUCUAAUGUCUCUGUUCUUAAACCUAAGACUCCGGGGAUCAGAGAAGGGAAGCUCAUCCCGCGCAGUAAUCCCACCGCAAGCUUAGAAGGGCUUUUGUUGGAAAGACCACUCCCAUUCCCCAUCUGUCUCCGGCAGCGCAGGCCCGGAGGAGCGAUGGGUGGCACCAGAGGUAGGAUACCGCAAGAACAAGUUCCCUUUGGCGGCGAGGCUGUUAAGCGGAGCCGGGAUAUCCCCCAUGGAGCACCCUGCUCCGCCCUCCGCCCCAGCAAGCUGUAGUUUCUAAGCUGUGAACAUUUCAAGGUGAAUUAUAGAGGAGAGGGAAAAGAUGGCUCAGCUGUUUUUUUCACAGGUUUACACUAGUUGAGCUAAUACGAUUUCUUUGGAAAUUAAACACAAAUGGUGACAUAUUCCAAAACCAGACCCUCUUGUUGACUAUUGUGAUGGAAAGAAGGCGAGGACUGCUGUAUAUACAAUAUCGGGUAUUGCAGACCAAAUUAAGUGUUUUGCCUUGUUUAAAUGACAUGCAUGUAUAGUGAGCACUAAUACAAUCUUAUUCCAGAAGACUGUAUGCAGUAGCUUAUCGUGAAGUAAGCCAACUAGAAUGAAUGUCUGUCUUGUUUUAAAGUCGUAUCUGUCUUUGCACAAACGUACCAAUUGACAAGUAUAUUUUAUAGAUUCCAUAAAAGCACGGAGUAGCCCCGGUGAAGACUCAGCUCUCAUUAGGAUGCUUUUCCAGAGUCGCGGCACAGGUGCAAGGAAGGUUGACCAGAGCCCCGGAAGAGCUGAACAUUUGUGAGAGGAACGGGGCUGCUGCUUGGCUCCCAGCCCAGCAGGUCACAGCAGCGUUAGAUGGAGGGGAAGCUUUUUUGAGAAGAUCAGUUCUGCAGACUCAAAAAAGAAAAAGAAAAAAAAGAAAGCCUAAAUUCUCCAAACUUUCCAAUGAUUUAAUCCGUGUGUGUACAUGGUUAAAGAGCCAUCUCUAGGAUGUUCGUGUUUCCACACCCCCAGCACCCUUUAAAGAGUCCAAGUUCGGGCAGUCAUCUAAUUCCUUACAUGGACGGCCCCGGCAGGUGCAUCGUGCCUCCAGGGCCCACUGUGGGAGAGUCCAGCAGUUGUUUUUUCUUUCCCUCGAUGUGUUCUUUGAAUCCAGUUUGCUGUUUCUAGAGGGGACAGCACAUAUCUGAGCUGCUGUCUGAGCUGGCGACCUCGGACAUGAACAUUUGAAUCGAAAGCUGAGAGUCAACGCUGUUGGUCCCACACCGGAGGUGCACGACCCACAGGCCCUCAGGGAGAAAGGUGGGGAAGCUACCUGGGGAGGAGGCAGCGCAGGCCCUAAGGGGCCUGUGUGCUGCCCCCGUCACCGCCUGUGGAACAGGAACCGUGGGCAGAAGAACCUCACGGCCAUGAGGAAAAUGUCACUGAGCCCCUUCUCCCAUCCGGUUCCUGUGCAUGACCUGAGUUCGUUCUAAGUGGUCACAAAAAGGCAAGUGUGUGGGAAGCAGCUUUGUAGAGCGAAACUCUGAGACCCGGGCUCAGUGAAACCACCCCAGUCUUUGUGAGAGCCAGUUCCUCAUAGUUGUUCUCAAUCAAGACGUCCCAGACUCCUCCAUGGGCCAGGUAGUGUUUAGAAAACGAGGGGAUUAACCCCCGGGGAGGUGUGGAGCAGCAGGUGGGUGAGGUGGCCCAGCACUCGCUGUCCAUUGUGUUCAGGAGAUGCACCCUGCUGUCUCCUGCACUGGCUGAUGACCUAAUCCCUGCUUUGUGCCCUCUUCUGAUGCCUGGGAUGGACUAGCGUUCUUUGGCCGUGACUUCUUAUUGGGCCAGACCCACCCUGUUCCUUAGAACCUGGAGCAACAAAGGUCCCUAGUUGUUUAGGAGAGAAAACAGACGCCCGGCUAAUGACCACCGAUGCUCCCUGAAGAUUGAGAAACCACCCUGAAGCCGGCCCUCCACUGACUCCAUCUGUGUUUCCCCCGACGGUUGCUCUUCUGUGUUUCUGGCUUCCCAGGAAGACCUUGGUAUGUCCACUCCGAUGCACCCGAGUCUGGCCCAGGGACUGAUUGCACAGCACGCAGAAGGCCGGGUGCCUGAUGGUUUCUGUCACUCCUGUGCUGGGCUGCUCAUGGUCAUUGCUGUGUUGGGGACCUGUGAAACUGGGGUGUGUUUUGUCCCAAAUAAAGCCAGCCUGUGAUGCCCAAGGGACUGGAAAUAAAAUGACUUAGGC